UGAAGAAGACUGCAACAAGAAGUGUGUAUUCGUAUUGAUUAUAGAAUUUAAAGAAACUCUGCAGUAUUUUUUUUUUCUGCAGACAGAGACAGAGAGAGAGCAUUUAGAGAGCAAGAAGGGUAAUGUGUUUGGUUACGUGAGCUGUUUCUCUCUAUCUUUAACUCUCUUCACACCUUCUCUCUCUCUUAUCUCUCUUUCACAACAGUGAUGAAGCCAUGAAAAUGCAAUUAAUUACAGCUUUCUUCUUCUUCUUCGUUCUCUGUUUUGUUCUGGGCUCCUCUGGUUUAAGCCCCGAUGGAUUGCUGUUGAUGAACUUUAAGUCCUCUGUCCUCGUUGAUCCUCUGUCUCUCUUACAGACAUGGAACUACAGCCACGAGACUCCAUGUUACUGGAGAGGAGUCUCUUGUAAUAACGACUCCAAAGUCAUCAACUUGUCUCUCCCCAACUCUCACCUCUUGGGCUCGAUCCUUUCCGAUUUGGGCUCUCUCCGCUCACUCCAAAGCCUCGACCUUUCCAACAACUCCUUCAACGGGCCGUUACCCGUUUCGCUUUUCAACGGAACGGAGCUCCGGUCACUCGAUCUCUCCGGCAACAUGAUCUCCGGCGAAGUCCCUGCCUCGAUCGGCGAUCUCCACAGCCUCCAAACACUUAACCUCUCAGACAAUGCCUUGGCGGGAAAGCUACCCGCUAACUUGGUGACGCUGAGAAACUUAACGGCGGUUUCGCUUCAGAGCAAUUACUUCUCCGGCGAGAUUCCCGGCGGGUGGAGAGACGUUCAGUUUCUAGACUUGUCGUCGAAUCUGAUCAACGGCUCGCUACCGCCGGACUUCGGCGGAGCUAGUCUCCGUUACUUGAACGUCUCGUUCAACCAAAUCUCCGGCGAAAUACCGCCGGAGAUCGGUGCUAAUUUCCCCAUUAACGCCACCGUUGAUCUCUCCUUCAACAACUUAACCGGUUCAAUCCCGGAUUCUCCGGUUUUCCUUAACCAGAAAUCAAUUUUCUUUUCAGGAAACCCGGGUCUAUGCGGCGACCCGUGUCCCAUCUCGUCUUCACCGUCAACCAUCUCCGACGCCGAUUCACCGACGUCUACACCGGCGAUCGCCGCCAUACCGAACACAAUCAGCUCAAACCCGGUUACCAAUCCAGCAACGCAACAAACGAACCGGUCUCCCCGAACCGGUUUACGUCCAGGAGUUAUAACCGGGAUCGUGAUCGGAGAUAUCGCCGGUAUCGGAAUCCUCGCCGUGAUAUUCCUUUACAUCUACAGACGCAAGAAGAACAACAACAACAACAACGACAAGCAAAGAGAAGAAACAACAGAUACGAUUACGUUAUCACCAGACGAAUCAAGAAGAUUCACGAAAUGGUCGUGUCUACGUAAAGACCCCGAAACGACGCCGUCCGAGGACGAAGAAAGCGGUUACAAUGCGGAUCAACGGUCGAGAGAUAGCGAAGGGACGUUAGUGACCGUUGAUGGAGAGAAGGAGAUGGAGAUCGAGACUCUGCUUAAAGCUUCUGCUUAUAUAUUAGGCGCCAGGGGGGCGAGUAUAAUGUAUAAAGCCGUUCUCGAAGACGGUACGGUUUACGCGGUUCGUCGGUUAGGUGAGACCGGUUUGACUCAGCGCCGGUUUAAGGAUUUCGAGUCGAAUAUUCGAGCGAUUGGGAAGUUGGUUCACCCGAAUUUGGUUCGACUCCGCGGGUUCUAUUGGGGUACAGACGAGAAGCUGGUUAUUUACGAUUUUGUCCCUAACGGCAGCCUCGUUAGCCCCCGUUACCGCAAAGGAGGUGGUGGGGCUUCGUCGCCGUAUCAUCUACCGGGGGAGACUCGGCUCAAGAUAGCAAGAGGCAUCGCACGUGGGCUAGCUUAUCUCCACGAGAAGAAGCAUGUGCAUGGGAACUUGAAGCCCAGUAGUGUACUAUUGGGCCACGACAUGGAGCCUAGAAUCGGUGAUUUAGGACUCGAGAGGCUUCUCACUGGUGAAACAAGCUACAGUCGAGCUGGUGGGUCUUCUAGGAUAUUUGGUAGCAAGCGUUCAAGGGGGUCUUCACGUGACUUCUCGUCCAUUGGGCCCACGCCAAGCCCGAGUCCUAGCUCGUUGGGCCCGUUGUCGCCUUACUGCGCGCCGGAGUCGUUCCGGAGCCUUAAACCGAGCCCAAAAUGGGACGUUUUCGGGUUUGGAAUGAUCCUACUAGAGCUUCUCACGGGGAAGGUCGUUUCAGCUGAAGAGGUUGGGCUUGGAAUCGGACUGACGGUAGAGGAUGGACACCAUGCACUAAGGAUGGUCGACGUGACGAUUCGCGGCGAGUUGCUUGGCAAAGAAGACUUUCUCCUCAGUUGUUUGAAGUUGGGAUAUAACUGCGCGUCUCCUAUUCCUCAGAAGAGACCAACCAUGAAGGAAUCUUUGGCUGUUCUUGAAAGAUUCACUCUUGACUCCUCUGUUGUUAAGUCUCCCUCGUUCCACUACAUGAAUCACUAAUCAAUGUUGUUUUUUAGUUAAUUUGAUCUCAUUGCUAACUUGUUUCAGUGUAUAAAAACCUUAAAGUUCGAGCGUGUUUUUU